CUGGCAGCAGAGUGUCAGAGCGCCGGCCACCCUGGUGUUUUGGUGCCUUUCAAGUGUGACUUGACCAAAGAGGAGGAGAUUCUGUCCAUGUUCGCCACGAUCAAAGAACAGCACAAAGGCGUGGACGUCUGCAUCAACAACGCUGGCUUGGCUCAUGCAGAGGCGCUGUUAAAUGGCAAAGCCAGUGGCUGGAAAAACAUGUGGGAUGUGAACGUUCUUGCACUGUGUAUCUGUGCACGUGAAGCUUAUCAGUCAAUGAAAGAGAGAAAUGUGGACGAUGGGCACAUCAUAAACAUAAACAGUGUGUGCGGUCAUCAAGUGUUUCCUAAUGCUGACGGACAUUUCUACACCUGUACCAAGUAUGCUGUAACUGCGCUGACUGAGGGCCUGAGGCAGGAGCUGCGUGUAGAAAACACUCAUAUCCGGGCCACAAGCAUUUCUCCUAGCUUUGUGGAGACAGAAUUUGUGUCACGCCUCUACAGAGAUAAUUCUGAUAAAGCAGCUGCUGUAUACACUGAUUAUAAGUCUCUGGAAGCAAAAGACCUCGUCAGUGCCAUCACAUACGUGCUCAGUGCCCCUCCUCAUGUUCAGAUUGGGGAGAUUUUGCUUGAAGGUCUGUAGCAGGUGUCAUGCAACUUGGCCGUGAGACCCAUCCCAAUCUUUACAUCAAAGUAGUGUGACCGGCUCUCCUUACUUCUCAACACUGUCAGAUUGUAAUCAAUUCACAGAAGGAUAAAAUAAAGGAAACGCAUCCAGCUGU